AUGUUGCCUAGACUUGAAAUGUUUAAAAAAGCGAUCUUUGCUUCUCGCCUAAUAGUUUACAAUGAAAGUUUUGUGCCAGUUGGUAAAAUUAGAGAUUUUCCUCCAUUUGCCGUAUUGUGGCAUGAAGGCAUCAGCGGACGACACCAAGAAGAUAUUAUUAGUGCCUUCAACGCAUUUCUUCUUCACCACAGGGAUGUCCGCAAUAUCACUCUAUGGUUGGACAAUUGUUCUAGCCAGAAUAAAAACUGGGCAUUAUUCUUCUUUCUUGUUUAUAUUGUGAACUCAACAAGUAUAUCCGCUGAGACCAUUCACUUGAACUAUUUUGAACCAGGUCAUACCUUUAUGUCGGCGGAUUCGUUCCACCACCAAGUAGAAGAAUCACUAAAGCGUCAAGUCAAAACAUAUGAUUUUGCAGACUUUGAGAAGGCAGUACAGUCCAGCAAUAAGGGAAAGGUACAAAUCAAAUCCAUGAAACUGAAUGAUUUUCAAUUGUGGAAAAGUCUCCAUUCAGUUAGUAAAAUUAAGAAACAGGAUCCCAGUUUUACUAUGAGUAAAAUAACGGAAUUAAUGGUAAAGAGGACUGAAUUUGUGAUGUACUACAAACGCAAUUUUGAGGAAGAAUGGAAGAAACUAGAUUUUUUGCUAAAAAAACAUAUUGGUGAAAUGCCAACAGCCCCAAUAAAAACGGCACCAAAUGGGUUUGAGCGUCAAAAAGUUGAAAACCUGCUUAAAGCGGUUGGUUCCAUUAUGCCAGGUAACAGGAAAGAAUUUUGGGAGAAACUUCCAGAAAAAGUUAUCUAG